AUGAUGUGGGCCGGAUCUCGUCCGUACAAGUAGGGUUUUGCAGGUUUUGGAAGGGAUCGCCCUGCCGGAUCGAGCGCGCUCGUCAAUCGCUGCCUCUUCUCUCAACCCGUGUCGAUAUUGCGGCCAUACUGGAGAAUAUGACGGAGCCGUCCAAGGUUCUCCACGUCCGGAAUGUUGGGCAAGAAAUAACGGAGAGUGACUUGCUCGGACUGGUCCAGCCAUUUGGGUCAGUGAGCAAGAUGGUCUUGCUGAGAACGAAGAACCAGGCUCUUUUGCAAAUGCAAGAUGUGAAUGCAGCCAUCAGCGCGAUGCAAUACUACACGUCGGUACAGCCGAGUGUGAGGGGUAGAAACGUUUACAUCCAGUUUUCGUCACAUCAGGAGCUCACAACUUCUGAUCAAGCAACGCAACCUCGGCGUCCGGCUGGUGAUCAGGAUCAACAACCCAACCGAAUUCUCUUAGUUACUAUUCACCACCCGCUCUAUCCCAUCACCGUGGAUGUGCUGCAUCAAGUUUUUAACCCUCAUGGCCAUGUCGAGAAGAUCGUCACGUUCCAGAAGUCAGCUGGCCUGCAAGCGCUUAUUCAGUACAACAAUCAGCAAAGUGCUGUUUACGCAAAGUCCCUUCUCCAAGGGCGUAACAUCUAUGACGGCUGCUGUACAUUGGACAUCCAGUUUUCUAACCUUCAGGAGCUCCAAGUGAACUUCAAUAACGAACGGACAAGGGACUACACAAAUAGUUCUCUACCAAACGAGCCUGGGCGAUCUCAGAACCCGCCUGGGGGUAAUAACAUGAUGGCAAACGUUCUGCUUCAACAGUCUCUUUUGGACGGUAACAUCUACGCUAUGCCUCCGAGACCGGCUGGACAAAUAGUCAACUUCCAGCAGGCUCCUGGUGCUCAGCCUCUUGGCUAUCAGGUUCCAAUGACACCGUCAGCGGCUGCUGCAGCGGCUGCGUCUGGUGGCACACUUCCUCCCGGCGUCACUGGUACGAACGAGCGAUGCACUCUUCUCGUAUCAAACUUAGCUCCCGAGAAGGUCGAUGCGGACAAACUAUUUAACUUGUUCUCCAACUAUGGAAACAUAAUUCGGAUAAAAAUGUUGCACAACAAGCCCGACCACGCACUCAUACAAAUGGGCGAUGGCUAUCAAGCCGAGCUUGCAGUGUACUACUUGAGAGGAACGAUGCUCUUUGAGAAGCGAAUGGAAGUGAACUUCUCUAAGCACUCGCAGAUAAAUCCAUCGCAAGACACUCACGACUACUCGUCAUCGAACUUGAACCGCUUCAACCGCAACGCGCUCAAGAACUACAAGUACUGCUGCUCCCCGACCAAGAUGAUCCACGUCUCGAGCCUGCCGACGGACAUCACCGAGGUGGACCUGAUGAACCAUCUGUCCCCGCACGGCAACAUCCUCAACGUGAAGAUCUUCGAGGCAAACGGCAAGAAGCAAGCGCUGGUCCACUUUGACAACGAGGAACAGGCGACGGAAGCGCUGGUGUGCAAGCACGCGACGGUGGUGAAGAAAUCCACCGUGCGACUGGCCUUCUCCAAGCUCUCCAACAUCUGACGGGUGUGGUCCCGUGAAAGAGAUUUGGCCGAGCUGCUUGUACACCUGGGCCACUAGACAAGCUAGCCGUGCCGGACGUAUAAGUUUUUCUCGAAUUGCUGGAUCGACAAGAACAGACAUUAAUACCAUUCUCUUCAUGUGACCUUGUUGGAAGUUUAUUUUAUUCUUUUCUUAUGAUAUAAACUUCCAUUCUAUGCU